CCCAUUGGCAGACGGCGAGCGGGCCGGAGGGCUGAGCAGCGCCGCUGCCGUCGGGCGCGCAGCUCUGCAGCGCCGCGAACGCUUCGGCGACCGCAGCCCCAGGGGCCCAGCGGCCCCGCAUUGUGCCGGGCCGGGUCGCCGAGAUCCUGGAGGAACGUCACAGGUUGACGGCUGAAUUCUGAAUGUUAACACUGUCCGAAGCUUGACCUCUGCAUGGUAGAACUAUUGUGGACUGAAACCAACCUUUCCAGACCCAAAAGCAAGACCUUGAAAGAGGCAAGGGCGUCAGUCCCAGAGACUAUGAUGUUCUGAAUUCUAGUCCCUCCCUCAGGACAUGAGCGGUUCCUUCAGAUGGCACCUUUGGAGAUCCUGACCAGGGCUCUUCUAUUUGGCCUGGGGUUUUUGGCACAUUCUCCCAGACUCAGGUGAUACCCUGAUGGCACCCUAUGGGGCAGGUGCUGACGUACGCCCCAACUCCAGCCACUGACAUCAUUGCCAGCCUCAGUUUCUAAAUGCCACAGCGCUCUUGGUCCAGCUGGGCACCACUGUUGCCUUUUAAGACCAUAAAACCAUGGGAAACGCAGAAAGCCAAAAUGUGGACCACGAGUUUUAUGGAGAAAAGCAUGCCAGCCUGGGGCGGAAGCACACAUCCCGCUCCCUGCGACUGUCACACAAGACGCGGAGGACUCGGCAUGCUUCCUCCGGGAAGGCGAUCCACAGGAACUCCGAAGUGAGCACCCGGUCCAGCAGCACCCCCAGCAUCCCCCAAUCCCUGGCCGAAAAUGGCUUGGAGCCCUUUUCCCAAGAAGGUGCCCUAGACGACUUCGGGGACCCCAUCUGGGUGGACCGAGUGGACAUGGGCUUGAGACCUGUGUCCUACACCGACUCCUCCGUCACUCCCAGCGUAGACGGCAGCAUCGUCCUCACGGCAGCCUCUGUGCAGAGCAUGCCAGACACGGAGGAGAGCCGGCUGUACGGGGAUGACGCUACGUACUUGGCUGAGGGAGGCAGGAGGCAGCGUCCCUAUACAUCCAAUGGGCCCACGUUCAUGGAGACAGCGAGCUUCAAGAAGAAACGCUCCAAAUCUGCAGACAUCUGGCGGGAGGACAGCCUGGAAUUCUCACUCUCAGAUCUGAGCCAAGAACAUUUAACAAGCAACGAAGAAAUCUUGGGUUCCGCAGAAGAGAAGGAUUGCGAGGAGGCUCGGGGGAUGGAAACAGAGGCGAGUCCCCGGCAGCUCGGCACCUGUCAGCGAGCCAACUCCCUGGGUGACUUGUAUGCUCAGAAAAACUCCGGGGUAAAGGCGAACGGAGCACCGAGGAACAGAUUUUCAGGCUACUGCCGGAAUUUGGUGUCGGAUAUUCCCGAUCUUGCAAAGCAUAAGAUGCCCCCGGCUGCUGCAGAAGAGACUGCUCCAUAUAGUAAUUAUAACACACUUCCCUGUAGGAAGUCGCACUGUCUUUCCGAAGGUGCCACCAACCCGCAAAUUAGCCUUAGCAAGAGCAUGCAAGGCAGAAGAGCAAAAACAACCCAGGAUGUUAACACAGGCGAGGGCAGCGAGUUUGCAGACAGUGGGAUCGAAGGCGCUACCACCGACACAGACCUCCUGUCUAGGCGAUCUAAUGCCACCAACUCCAGCUACUCGCCCCCCACCGGCCGAGCCUUUGUGGGCAGCGACAGCGGCAGCAGUUCCACUGGGGAUGCCGCACGCCAGGGGGUGUACGAGAAUUUCAGGCGGGAACUGGAGAUGAGCACCACCAACAGCGAGAGCCUGGAGGAGGCUGGCUCUGCGCACAGCGAUGAGCAGAGCAGUGGAACCCUCAGCUCCCCGGGCCAGUCGGACAUCCUGCUGACGGCUGCGCAGGGCACCGUGCGGAAGGCUGGCGCGCUGGCAGUCAAGAACUUCCUGGUGCACAAGAAGAAUAAGAAGGUGGAAUCAGCUACGCGGAGGAAGUGGAAGCACUACUGGGUGUCCCUGAAAGGUUGCACACUCUUUUUCUACGAGAGUGAUGGCAGGUCUGGGAUAGACCACAACAGUGUCCCCAAGCACGCUGUCUGGGUGGAGAACAGCAUCGUGCAGGCUGUGCCUGAACACCCCAAGAAGGACUUUGUCUUCUGCCUCAGCAACUCCCUGGGUGAUGCCUUCCUCUUCCAGACCACCAGCCAGACAGAGCUGGAGAACUGGAUCACCGCCAUCCACUCUGCCUGCGCAGCUGCUGUGGCAAGACACCACCACAAGGAAGACACACUCCGCCUCCUCAAGUCAGAAAUCAAGAAACUGGAACAGAAGAUCGACAUGGAUGAGAAGAUGAAGAAGAUGGGCGAGAUGCAGCUGUCCUCUGUCACCGACUCGAAGAAGAAGAAGACCAUAUUGGACCAGAUCUUUGUUUGGGAGCAGAACCUGGAACAGUUCCAGAUGGACCUGUUUCGUUUCCGUUGUUAUUUAGCCAGCCUCCAGGGUGGGGAGCUGCCAAACCCCAAAAGGCUGCUUGCUUUUGCAAGCCGGCCUACAAAAGUGGCGAUGGGCCGUCUUGGGAUCUUUUCCGUAUCAUCUUUUCAUGCCCUGGUGGCGGCCCGCACCGGUGAGAUUGGUGUGAGAAGACGGACACAGGCCAUGUCCAGGUCUGCAAGCAAACGAAGGAGCAGGUUUUCUUCUCUCUGGGGCCUAGACACUACCUCCAAAAAGAAGCAGGGACGUCCAACCAUCAACCAGGUGUUUGGAGAGGGAACUGACGCUGUAAAGAGAUCUUUAGAGGGAAUAUUUGAUGACACUGUUCCAGAUGGCAAGAGGGAGAAAGAGGUGGUCUUACCCAGCGUCCACCAGCACAAUCCUGACUGCGACAUUUGGGUCCAUGAAUAUUUCACUCCAUCUUGGUUCUGUCUGCCCAAUAACCAGCCAGCCUUGACGGUUGUCCGACCUGGGGACACUGCGAGGGACACCUUGGAGCUCAUUUGCAAGGCACAUCAGCUGGAUCAUUCCGCCCAUUACCUUCGCCUGAAAUUCCUAAUGGAGAACAAGAUGCAGUUCUACAUUCCGCAGCCCGAGGAGGACAUUUAUGAGCUGCUUUACAAAGAAAUUGAAAUCUGUCCAAAAGUCACCCAGAAUAUCCACAUUGAGAAGACAGACACGGCUGCUGAUAAUUAUGGGUUUUUGCUUUCUUCUGUGGACGAAGAUGGUAUUCGAAGGCUCUACGUGAACAGUGUCAAGGAGACCGGGCUAGCUUCCAAGAAAGGCCUGAAGGCGGGGGAUGAGAUUCUCGAGAUCAAUAAUCGUGCUGCUGCCACCCUGAACUCAUCUAUGCUCAAAGACUUCCUCUCUCAGCCCUCCCUGGGCCUCCUGGUGAGGACCUACCCUGAGCUGGAGGGAGGAGCAGAGCUGCUGGAGAACCCGCCCCACCGGGUGGACGGCCCUGCGGACCUUGAUGAGAGCCCCCUUGCCUUCCUCACCAGCAACCCAGGGCACAGCCUCUGUAGCGAGCAGGGCAGCAGUGCUGACACAGCUCCAGAAGACGGCGAAGGACCAGACCUGGAGUCUUCGGAUGAGACAGAUCACAGCAGCAAGAGCACAGAACAGGUUGCAGCGUUCUGCCGGAGUCUGCACGAGAUGAACCCCUCUGACUCCAGCCCGUCUCCUCAGGAAGCCACUGGGCCUCAGCUGGGAACAACUCGACAACUGUCAGAUGCAGAUAAGCUGCGCAAGGUGAUCUGUGAGCUGUUGGAGACUGAGCGCACCUACGUCAAAGACUUAAACUGCCUCAUGGAGAGAUAUCUGAAGCCUCUUCAGAAGGAGACAUUUCUCACCCAGGAUGAGCUUGACGUACUCUUUGGAAAUUUAACCGAAAUGGUAGAGUUUCAAGUCGAGUUCCUUAAAACUCUAGAAGAUGGAGUAAGACUGGUCCCUGAUUUGGAAAAGCUUGAGAAAGUUGACCAGUUCAAGAAAGUGCUGUUCUCUCUGGGAGGCUCCUUCCUGUACUACGCGGACCGCUUCAAGCUCUACAGUGCCUUCUGUGCCAGCCACACAAAAGUCCCUAAGGUCCUGGUGAAAGCCAAGACAGACACGGCCUUCAAGGCGUUCCUGGAUGCCCAGAACCCCAGGCAGCAGCACUCCUCUACGCUGGAGUCUUACCUCAUCAAGCCCAUCCAGAGGGUCCUCAAGUACCCGCUUCUGCUCAGGGAGCUGUUUGCGCUGACCGACGCGGAGAGUGAGGAACACUACCACCUGGAUGUGGCCAUCAAGACCAUGAACAAGGUUGCCAGUCACAUCAAUGAGAUGCAGAAGAUCCAUGAAGAGUUUGGGGCUGUGUUUGACCAGCUGAUUGCCGAGCAGACGGGAGAGAAGAAAGAGGUCGCAGACCUGAGCAUGGGUGACCUGCUGUUGCACACCACUGUCAUCUGGCUGAACCCGCCCGCCUCGCUGGGAAAGUGGAAGAAGGAGCCAGAGUUGGCCGCCUUCGUCUUCAAAACUGCCGUGGUCCUUGUGUAUAAAGACGGUUCCAAGCAGAAGAAGAAACUUGUUGGCUCUCACAGGCUGUCAAUCUAUGAGGAGUGGGACCCUUUCCGGUUCCGACACAUGAUCCCGACUGAAGCUUUGCAAGUACGAGCUCUGCCAAGCGCAGAUGCAGAGGCAAAUGCUGUGUGUGAAAUUGUCCACGUGAAAUCAGAAUCAGAAGGGAGGCCAGAGCGGGUGUUCCACCUCUGCUGCAGUUCUCCAGAGAGCCGAAAGGAUUUUCUGAAGUCUGUACAUUCGAUCCUUCGAGACAAACACAGAAGACAGCUCCUCAAAACGGAAAGCCUCCCCUCAUCCCAGCAGUACGUCCCCUUUGGAGGCAAGAGAUUAUGUGCGCUUAAAGGUGCCAGGCCGGCCAUGAGCAGGGCAGUGUCUGCCCCAAGCAAGUCUCUUGGGAGGAGGAGGCGGCGACUGGCUCGAAACAGGUUUACCAUUGAUUCCGAUGCCAUCUCAGCCAGCAGCCCGGAGAAAGAGCCCCCACAGCCCCCCGGUGGCGGGGACACUGACCGCUGGGUAGAGGAACAGUUUGAUCUUGCUCAGUAUGAGGAGCAGGAUGACGUCAAGGAGACAGACAUCCUCAGUGAUGAUGAUGAGUUCUGUGAGUCCAUGAAGGGCGCCUCAGUGGACAGAGACCUGCACGAGCAGCUUCAGGCUGCCUCCAUCAGUCAGCGUGCCCGAGGCCGGAGAACCCUCGAUAGCCACGCAUCCCGCAUGACGCAGCUCAAGAAGCAAGCGGCCCUGUCGGGCAUCAAUGGAGGCCUGGAGAGUGCAAGCGAGGAAGUCAUUUGGGUUAGGCGUGAAGACUUUGCCCCCUCCAGGAAACUGAACACUGAGAUAUGACUUAUUUUUUUGUCCCUUUAGAGAAUGUGUAUAGGUAGGUUGCUGGCCCCACACUCACUCUGCUCACCCUUCUGUGCCGUCCACGAGAAUGUCCCCUUAGGUCGCACUCUUGCACAUAGAUUUUGGCAGCUGACUUGGGUCUGAAGCCAUGUAGCCACCCACCUUCAUCAUUCUUAAUGACAUGAGAGAGAAUUGUUCAGAAUCCCAAAUAAGCUCGAGUCCUUUUUUCUGUACCAAGGGCUUUUAUUUAUUCUCAGUUCAUUAGGACCUGAAGACUCAGAACAAACAAUUGGUAGCACUGGGAAUCGCACUGUUCCCACCCCAGCAGUCUAAGUAUCAGAGUGACAGGAUGGCACACAUGGAUGUCACAUCCUCUCCCCUCUGAAUCCGGUCUCGUAGCUGGGGAACAACCACCUUCAGACACACAGGAAAACGGAACAAACUGAGACAUCCGUACAGCUGCAGUGUUGUGACUCCCCCCUCUUCAGUGUCUGAGAAUAUCUGUGUGUCUUAAGAAUGUGUGAGGAAAGGGUGGUCAUUUCUGUUUGAUGAGCCUUUUGUUAUUAUUUUUCUUCUGUUUAUGUCUAUAACUGGUCUUAUUCUAUGUCAGUGUUGGAAGCUCUAGUUUUACAGAGAAUUAUAAAGAUACCAAACUCCUGGGAAAGAGAUCCAAAUUUAUCACUUAGAGAAGGAAAAAAAGACACUAUUUUUUUGUAUUUUCCUUGAGAUGCAGGGGCACAAAUAGAAGAGAAUUUUACAGUGUUAGAUGUAACUCAGUCUGAAAGUAAGGAUAUAACCUUUGCUGAGUGAGUGGCAAACGAUGACUUUAUAUUUAUAUAUAAAUGGCCAACCGGAAGCUCAUGCUAAGAAUAAACAUUUUUUUCUGAGAAACAGAUUUUUUUUUAGAUGUAUGAAUCUAUAUUUGAAAUGAGAGUUUGGUUGGAUUACAGGGACAGGGAAUGGGGCAGUGUGUGUGUGUAUGUGUGUGUGGCACAUGGCAGGGGAGGGGAGCCUCCUUUUCAUGGGGUUGCCAUGGUGAUCACUAGUUUCCUUUCCAUCAAAAUUGCAUCUUCAUCCAUAGAUGACUCUCCCCUUCCCUGACAGUCCAUGACCGAAUCUCAGAACCUCUUCAAAAGCAUUCCUUGUGGUUAAUAUUCCCUUCAUGCCAAUGAAACAGGGUAAACUUGCUAAGGGGCCUAAUCUUCUAAAUGGAUGUCCAAACAGGAAGAACGAAAACCCAUUAUAGCACUUUCAUUUUUUUAAAAAAAAAGGUUUAUAGCUUUUUGUUCCUCCUCCCCAUUUCACGAUGUCCAUUCCCUAAGAAGGGUUUAAAUAAUAUGAAAACUUUCUUUUUGGAAAUAAAAAUAAAUAUAUAUAUAUCUAUAUAUCUAUUUGGUGUUUGAUACAUCAGUAGGUACUUUAAAGACCUGAAUUUUAUAGUAGCUUUAGCAGUUAUAUUUUAUAAGAAUCAGUUAUGACUUUAUAUUUCCAGAUAGAGAGUUCAGAACACAAUGCUCUAAGUCCCCGCUUGCUUUCCUGCUCUCCCGUCCUCUAUCCCUCCCCUUUUCGGGUUUCCAGGGCUUUGAGCUUGAUCUUUUGAAAGUUUUAUUCUAUUAAAGUUUUUGCUAUAUCUUCUGGUUUUCUUAAGAAGCUUUAGAAUGGUUUCUAUGCCCUUUGUAUCACUGCAUUGUUCAUAUCAUCUCGGGGUCGACUGCGUCUGGAUGGAAACUGAAGCAGAGGUGUCGAACAGUCACAUUUUCUGGUCUCCGUGCAACAUGGCCAUCGAAAAAUACUGGAAAGUCUGGUGCUUAGAGAGGGUGCCAUUGUGUCUUGUACAUAAGGUCAUGAUUUGUGUCUAUGUCAAAAGUUCUUAUAUAUUUCUUUUAUAAGCUGAAAGAAGGUCUAUUUUUAUGUUUUUAGGUCUAUGAAUGGAAUGUUGUAAAUGCCUGUCCAACAAUAAAAGUACUGAAAAGGG